UUGUGUCGUGGAAAGUGGGACUUAGAGUGUUGCGGAGGAGGAGGGUUAGGGUUUGAAGGGGAAAGUAUGCAGAAUAUACACCUCGGGGCACUCAAGCUUCACGCCAUGCGUCGUAUGUGCGAGUUGAAGGAUCUUUUGCCGAGGAGGUGCAACCAUUCCGUGAACUGAAGAAUCGUCUUUCGUCUUUCUCUGUACCUGAAAUCUUGCGUCGCAUCUCAAGUUGCGGGUGACGGGGGAUUGAUUAGAUUUUCCAAGGUUGGACGUUAGCUGUUUGGAUCCCAUAAAUUGCUGCUCAUGGACUCCACACCAGAAUGUAUGUUACGGAUUUUGCAUUCACAAGAGCUGUGGACGUGCGUAAUUGCGCAUGAGAGUGGCUCACAUUGUAAAGAGUGGAGUGGAGAAUUGUGUCUGAAAGAAGAUGAAUCUGGACGAGAGCCUCGAUGGCAAACUGUAUGGCAAUGGCAUGGUUGCUGCAGCAGGAUUGUUGGUGGUGCUCACGGUGGUGUUCUUCUCGAGCACUGUCGUGGGAAAGAAGAAGACACCACCAGGCCCUCUACCAUGGCCUGUCGUUGGAAACUUUCUUGACUUGUCUGUGCUGCCGCACCGAGCCCUUCGCAAUCUCGCGACCAAGUAUGGGGGCUUUAUGUACCUGCGUUUAGGAUCCGUGCCAUGCGUGGUGAUUUCUACUGCUGCAGUGGCCCGGGAGUUUGUUCUUAAGAACGAUGCGGACACCGCAGGACGACCGAUGGUGGUAGCCCUUGCCAUCCUUGAAGAAGACAAGACGGUGGCGAGUGCGAAUCCUGGACCUUACUGGAGUCAGCUUAGAAAACUCUGCCAUGAUCAGCUCUUUUCCCCGAAGCGUGUGGCGUCUUACGAAAGUGUCAGAACGGAGGAGAUUCAUCUCAUGAUGAAGCUCCUUCUGAAAGACUCAAACAAGGGGGACGCCGUCAACGUGAGGAGAUGGCUUCAGGGUGUAACCUGCAAUUAUGUCACUCGGAUGCUCCUAGGAAAAAGGUACUUUGGAAAUGACGAAGGGAAUCUUGAACAGGAGCAGGAGAGAAAAGAGUUUGAAAAGUUUUAUGAACAUAUCUUUUGGGCACUCGGCACAUUUAUUAUCGAUGAUUACAUACCAUACUUGAGCUUCAUCACGACGCUGCAAGGUUGGAUACCAAGAUUGAAGGAAAUUCGCCAAUUCUCUGAUGACAUUGGGGCAAAGCUUGCGGACUUGGACAAGCACAGACAACGUGCCCAAGACAGGAAAAUUGGUGAAGAUUAUGUGCCUGACUUUGUGGACGUGUUGUUGACGGCAAAGAUGGAAGAUGGAAAGCCUUUGCCUGACAUGAACAUCAAGAUGAUCCUCAUGGAUAUGCUAAUUGCAGGAAUCGACACAAUAGCAAAUACUGUGGAGUGGGCAAUGGCCGAGCUUAUGAAAAAUCCUACACUAAUGAAAAGGGCGAAAGAUGAGCUGGACGAAGUGGUAGGUCUUAAUCGAAUUGUCCAAGAGGCCGAUAUCCCAAACCUACCAUUUCUGCAAGCCAUCACCAAAGAGGCACUUCGUAUGCAUCCCCCUGCUCCUUUGUCUCUUCCCCAUGAAUCAACGCGACCAGCAGAGAUGUUUGGAUACAAGUUGCCAGCCCACACACGAGUAUUCUACAAUCUCUUCGCCAUCCACCGGGACCCUGCUAUGUACGAAAAGCCGGACGAGUUCAAUCCUCAGAGAUUUAUCGACCAUCCCGAGAUAAGCCAUUUGACAGGCAUGGAUUACUACGAGCUUAUUCCAUUUGGGGCAGGGCGACGAAUGUGUCCGGCAUUUCGACUGGGAAACCUCAUGGUCUCUUUGAUACUCGCUCACGUUCUUCAUAGCUUUGAUUGGUCUUUCACUGAGGGCGAGAGUGCAGAAACUUUUGAUAUGAGUGAAGAGUUUAAGCUCACAGUAUCUCUCAAAAAACCUCCCUCCUGGAUUUUCAAGCCCAGAAACCCAGCUUUUCUAUACUGAAGUUCGAACAAAUCUCCGAGGUUUCAGAAUGCUGUGCCGUACCGAGGCCUAACAUAAAGUCUUGUGAUUGUUCUGAAAAUCACAUCAAAAUACAUAUUACUUGCAUGUACACUCACGUUUCAACUUUUUCAUAAAAAGCUAUCAAUUAAUCUCAAUUCUCUGGUUCCCUGCUUCCCAGAAACGAGUGAUUUCGAUAGAUUUAUGUGGUCUCAGUCGUCUAGUUAAGAACUCUCUAAAACUGCGCUGUAUGACAGUAGCCGCUCUGUGAGCUUU